CUGCUGAGGCGCCCGGCAGCCCCCGCGCGGCCCCGCCGCCAUGGCCUUCACGUUCGCCGCCUUCUGCUACAUGUUGGCGCUGCUGCUCACGGCCGCCCUCAUCUUCUUCGCCAUCUGGCAUAUUAUAGCAUUUGAUGAACUGAAGACUGAUUACAAGAACCCCAUAGACCAGUGUAAUACACUCAAUCCUCUUGUACUUCCAGAGUACCUCAUCCAUGCAUUCUUCUGUGUCAUGUUUCUCUGUGCAGCAGAGUGGCUCACACUGGGUCUCAAUAUGCCCUUGUUGGCUUAUCAUAUUUGGAGGUACAUGAGCAGACCCGUGAUGAGCGGCCCGGGGCUCUACGAUCCUACGACCAUCAUGAAUGCAGAUAUUUUAGCCUAUUGCCAGAAAGAAGGAUGGUGCAAAUUAGCAUUCUACCUUCUAUCUUUUUUUUACUACCUAUAUGGCAUGAUUUAUGUUCUGGUGAGCUCUUAAGAAGACAUUCAGCAAGCUUUGUUCCAGUUAAGUGCAUGCAAAAGCCACAAAAAACAUGGAUUCUUUACAAGAAGAACCUCUGUCCAAGAUUAAAUCCGGAACCUGAUGUUCACAAUUGAGUUAGAAAACAAUGACUUCCCUGUUUUUAAAAUAUUUCCACAUUUUAUACUUGUGGAAAGACUGUUUUCUUAUAUUUUACUGGGACGUUAAAAUUAAUGAAUUAUGUGUAAAUUAAUAUAAAGAUGACUGGGGUUUGAAAAGUUUUGACUUUGCACUCCAUAAGGAACAGCAUAACCUUUGAGUAGGUGUUGGUUACUACUAGCCUUAGUACUCUAGGGACUAGCUGUAGGAUGGGCUUUGUAGUGGCUCACUUGGACUUGUGUAUCCCACUCCUUACUCUAAACCAGCCCUAGUUCCAAGUGCUUGGGAACAACUGGAAUGCUGUGUGUUUUGCCCAUAGGUGACAUUGGUCUUAGGAUAUUAAUUCAUGGACACAAAUGCAAAAAAUAGUCCUAUUUUGGUUUAUUUUUUUUUAUUAUCUGAUUAAUCUUCCCCUGUAUGUGCAUGGUCCAGAGCCUUCUGUGUCUUCUCCAAACAUUAACCCUGCUUUAAUCUUGAGCCUGUGUCAUUGUGGUAGGAGAAGCUGAAUUGUCCAUGAAGGGAUGAAUUUAAAUGUGGUUUGUUUUUUUUUUAAUGUCUGUGCUGUCUGAUUAACAAAUGGACAAACCUCCAACCUUUAUCAAGUCCAAUGAUGAAAACACUCUUGGGUUUAAGAGUAGUAAAUACUACAGACUUUUUCAAAGCAGAAAGUGAGAUUGUGAAACUGCCCCGCUGUUCCUUAGUGCAAUAAAUGAUAAUAAAAAACAAAUCUCAAAUUCAGCAACUUUUUAUGUGGUGCCUUUUGUUUUGCUUUUAAAUUCAACAGAUCUUCACUGUGUUCAUCAGUUGUUUUACUGUGGAUAAUUACAUUCCCUUUAAAAAUAGAACAUGGAAUUAAAAUACCUCUGGAAAAGGAAAGCUCUUAUUUCCUGCUUUUUUUCCUAAAGUUAAAUAGCAGAUGGGGCAGGGGAAGAUGUUUCAUAUAAAUAUUGCAUUGUAAGUUGUGACUGUGAACAGCUGCUUAAUUUUCAAGUAAUAAUCUUUUUCAUUUACCUGUGCUGGAGAACAACAGUUUCCCCAUUCUAGUAAAACUUUUUUUUUU